GCCAACUCCACCACUCGCAGACGCCAACGCAGCCACCUGAGAAACUACAAGACGGAACAUCUACAGCUAUAGAACAUACGUAAUCAAAGUUCUACGAACAAACAAGACGUUUUGAAGAAUGGCUGAUGAAGAGAUCAAUAAAUGUCGUGAAACUUUAUUUGACAUGUUCAAAGAUUUGGACAUUAACGAACUGGAAACAUUCUGUAUGUUGUUGCGUGGUAUCAAGGAGAAUAUAGGAAAAGGUGAACUUGAGGGCAUUACUAGAAUCAGACUGGCUAAUAUUUUGGUAGAGAAAAUCACUCCUGUCAAGACAUGCAAGGAGAGAGUUGCAGACUUACUUGGGAGAAGUGGACGAAGAGAUCUCCUAGAAAGAUAUAAAGACUUCUUUGGUAAUCCAGAGGUAAAGUCAGAGGUGGCAACACAAGGGACGGGUGGAAAUACUAGUAAUUAUAAUGUCCGUAAAAUGUUGAUCGAUAUGCUCGACGACCUAGAAGACCGGGACACGAAAAGAUUGAAGACGCUGCUCGGGGAGCAUGGCGUUAAAAAGAAAAAUCUACAGAACGUUGACAGUGAUGACCUUGCUGAACGAAUGCUUGCGACAUUCAAGACAGAAUCGGAAUGUGUAAUGAAAUUCAAGCGCAUAUUACAGGAAAUCCCAAGAAACGACAUUGUUGGAAGAAACAAAGAUUUUUUUGCUGAUUUCGAAUGA